ACCCGCGGGAAGUGACUUCCUAAGGACUACCCUAUCUUUCUUUACUUGCUAGAUUCAAACGAUGCGGGCCAUUGGGGGGAGGUAAUUGGGGCAAUGGGAUUAAUGGAGUAUGACGGCGUUGCAACCAUCUGGCGUUGGGUAAUAUUUUUAAUAUCAGGUUACUUUGGUUCUUUGAUUACACCGUGGAAUUUCUUCUGUGGAGGGUACACUAUCAUCUCCUCAUGUCCUCACUGCGAUGUCAGGGUGACGUUGGUUGAUACAACGGGUGACUGUGACUAAUCAGGUGGAAGACGUCAUCAUUAGCUCGACUCUUAACAGAUCAAUCAUUAUAAUGAUAAUCAUCAUGAUUAUAAUUUGUAUA